CUCUCUCUCGCUCGCUCUCGUUCAUUUCUUCCUCGUUUGCAUCACGCACUCAUACUCUCUCUCUUUCUCUCUCCAUAUAUAUAGCGCGGAGAGGUAUCUCUACCAUAUUUCAUCUCUCUCACAUCACUCUCUGUCGUCCUCUCUCUCUAUGUAUACGUAUUUGUAUACGUCUAUAUAGAUACACAAAUUUGGUUGUUUCUCUCUGGGAAUCUGCGAGGGUUUGACGUAGGGGAUGAGGCUUUAGAUGAGGAAGAAUUGAGAUUCAAAUGUUAUUGCAACAAAAAGGGGAUUGGAAUUCAAAUGCUUGGAUCUGCUGGUGGUCUUAUGGCCUCCAGCCUGAAGAAAUCGGUGGAAUUGUGUUUUGUAAGGAAUGCUGUUAGGUUGAAGACAUCUUUUAUGGGGUAAGAAGUGGGGGAGAAAUGGUUUUGAAUUUCAGAUAUUUAAAUACAUGGAGGAGACACGAGAUGAUGCAGGGCCCGCAGAGCAAGGGCCUCCAAAUGCUUCAUGGUGGCCUUCAGAUUUCGUGGACAAAUUUGGAUCUGUUUCUUUGGGUUCCCAUGAAGAAACCUUGAGUAAUACCGAAUCACCUAGAAGUCCGUACCAAGAUGUGUUGUCAUCUCAGACAGCAUCACAAGUUCUAUGGCAAAGUGGAAUGCUUUUAGAACCGAUUCCCAAUGGUUUCUAUUCUGUCAUUCCGGAUAAAAGGCUCAAGGAGAUCUUUGAUGAUAUUCCUACUCUUGAUGAACUUCAUGCAAUUGAGGCAGAGGGUGUGAAAGCUGAUGUCAUUCUUGUAGAUAGUUCAAAAGACAAAAAGUUGUCCAUGCUGAAGCAACUGAUUGUGGCACUAGUGAAAGGAUUGAACUCAAAUCCAGCUGCAAUGAUAAAAAAGAUUGCUGGACUGGUUUCAGAUUUUUAUAAGCGGCCACCUGUGGAAAGUCCAGCAAAAGCUGCACUAGAAGAAACGUCCCACAUGUUUGAUAAUCGAGGAGUCCAACUUUUGGGGCAAAUAAAGCAUGGUUCAUGCCGUCCUAGAGCAAUCCUGUUCAAAGUUCUAGCAGAUACCGUAGGUCUUGAAAGUAGGCUAGUGGUGGGUCUUUCUAUUGAUGGGGCUGUUGAGUGUGUAGAUUCAUAUAAGCAUAUGUCUGUGAUAGUUGUGUUGAACUCUGUUGAACUAUUGGUCGACCUAAUGCGGAUCCCCGGCAAGCUGUUACCCCGAUCAACCAAGGCAAUCUUUAUGACCCAUAUUUCUGCAGCAGGGGAGAGUGAUUCUGCGGAAAAUGAUUCCUGUGAUUCACCACUAGAACCAAACAGUCCCCUAUAUGGAUUUUCAGAGAGAAUGGAUCCUGACAGUGCUGAAAGAGAUGAGAGUCUUCAGUUCCGAGGGAGAUUUGAUGUGCCCUCGAAUGUACAAGGUCCUUCAUUGCGAAAUAUGAUGUUGCGACCUAUCACUUCCAUUGAAAGAAAACUGAGUUUAUCACAUAGUGAACCCAACAUUGCAACUUCAUUUUGGCGCCGUAGUCGAAGAAAGGCCAUUGCUGAACAGCGGACUGCUAGUUCAAGUCCAGAGCAUCCUUCAUUUCGAGCACGUGGGCGGUCCAUGCUCAGUGGUGAUAGGAAAUCUUUUAGAGAUUAUGCUGAUGACAUGCCUACCUCAAGCUACAGGUCAGAUGGUACAUCAACAUCAGAAGCUCGUAGAUUAAGAAGAAGAAGCAUUAGUAUUACUCCAGAGAUUGGUGAUGAUAUCGUAAGGGCUGUACGAGCGAUGAAUGAAACAUUGAAGCAAAAUCGUCUUUUGAGAGAGCAGGGUGAUGAUGACAGAAACAUUACUUCUGGUCUUCAGAAAAAUGACCAAAUCAGUUCUCAAAAAGCAAUAUCGUUACCUUCAUCACCACAUCAAUAUAGGAGUCAAACGUCUGAGAGAAUUGGACCUUCUGAAUUCACGAGAAAUGAUGAAUUGGUCUUAACAUGGAACAGAAUUCUUGAGUCCGCCACGUGUGGUAAUAAACCUCUAUUGCCUUAUCAGGAAUGGAAUAUUGAUUUCUCAGAAUUGACUGUUGGAACUCGUGUUGGAAUUGGGUUCUUUGGAGAAGUCUUUCGAGGUGUUUGGAAUGGAACAGAUGUUGCAAUAAAGGUUUUCUUAGAGCAAGAUCUAACUACUGAAAACAUGGAAGACUUCUGCAAUGAGAUAUCCAUUCUUAGCCGUCUUCGGCAUCCAAAUGUUAUUUUAUUUCUAGGUGCAUGCACAAAGCCUCCACACUUAUCAAUGGUUACAGAAUACAUGGAGAUGGGAUCCUUGUAUUAUUUGAUUCAUUUAAGUGGCCAGAAGAAGAAGCUUAGCUGGCGAAGGAGACUAAAAAUGUUGCGUGACAUAUGCAGGGGGUUGAUGUGCAUGCACCGGAUGAAGAUAGUUCACCGCGAUUUAAAAAGUGCAAACUGUCUCGUGAAUAAACAUUGGACUGUCAAGAUCUGUGAUUUUGGGCUCUCAAGAAUAAUGAACGAGACAAACAUGAAGGACUCCUCGUCUGCCGGAACUCCAGAAUGGAUGGCACCUGAACUUAUUCGAAAUGAACCCUUCACCGAAAAAUGUGAUAUUUUCAGCCUCGGGGUGAUAAUGUGGGAGCUCUGCACUCUAAAUAGACCGUGGGAAGGUGUUCCACCAGAGAGGGUAGUUUAUGCUGUUGCCAAUGAGGGUUCCCGAUUGGAAAUUCCGGACGGUCCACUGGGCAGGCUUAUUUCGGAUUGUUGGACAGAACCGGAUGAUCGGCCAAGCUGUGAGGAGAUACUCUCCCGCUUGUUAGACUGCGAAUACUCACUUUGCUGAUACAAUCUUUGUUUCUUGUGUAUAGAAAACAUGGUAGAGGUGUUGCAUUGUAUUCUCGGCUUAAGGUUGUAUUCUGCUGUCAAUUUCUCAAUCAUUGUAAAAUCAUAAAUUUGGCUUUUUUUUUUACUUUUUAUGUUCUCCGUUUCGCAUCUUCCUCCAAUGUUGCUGCGACUCCGCUUUUUUGUGCAAUCAAAAAACAAAUGAGUUUGUUGAGAAGCUUGGAUUUUGGCUUUUAUUCUUGUUACUUCUGUUAUCUGCAACCAUAAACAGCAGGAAAAACGACAAAGGAAAGUAUUAUUUGAUGGAAAUUUCAAAAUGAUAAAACAGGCAUGAACAAGAUUUUCAGAACUCUUACAUUCCUCUUACAACUAUUUUUUUUCUUAAUCACAUUAGUUUCAUCUUCAGUCAAGGAUAGGCCGCCUGUUGAGUGCUUUUUCAAAGCGACGGCACGAAUCCACCCUCAUCUCUGUACUCAUUUCGUUUUCUGGUGCCGGAUAGUAAUCCUCCCUCAGCUGCACAUCCCUCAAGUUGCAGUUCAAGCUUGGAAUUCUCACCAGGAACAUCAUGAAAUGCUCAUGUGCCGUGCCAUGGAUGAAAAGCUUCCGCAAUGUCAGGCAUUCUGACAGCAACCCAGCGGCCGGAAGCCAAAGACUCCUCUGGUUUACGUCCCGAUCCUGCGGGGGCCAGUAAUCGAGUUCACUGAGGCUCAAGCUUUCAAUCCCACUCAGGAAGAACCUCUCCCAAAGACUCAGGUCCAUCUGCCCCGGGGGUGCAGUAAGUGCAUAGCCAACUGUAUCACCACAAUCCAACUUCAUCUUGGACAGCAGAGGAUAGCCGGCGAGGCAGCUCAACCCAAAAUCUCGUUGUGUGGGUUUCUGCCUUCCCCUGCAAUCCCCUUCUACCCGGAUCCGAAUCUCCUCCAGAUUGGGACAGUCAUCGAGACCAGCCGUUGGCAACGGGGUCAGCAGCUCACCAACCCCAAUCCAAAGUGAAAGAUAAUGCAACCUCUCCCAGCUCUCACCACACCAAAACCCAUUUCCAUUGCCAUAGCCAUAUCCAUUGCUUGGUGGCAUAUAGGAACAGUCCCCAUCCAACCCCAACUUGCAUUUCUUGCUGCUUCUGUGCUCAUACUCAGCCGCCCAAUUCAACUCCAUGUAAUCAGCAUCCUCCCCAUUCCGAUUCAACACACUGGCUUCACUAUUAACAUCUUCUUGAUCAUUCACUUGAUUGAGAUCAAAAUUGCGGGCAUGCUCAUCCUCCUGCUCCCAAACACAAUCAAUGUGGAGCCUUUGAAUCCGAUCACGAAUCGGCUCCAAAGCCCGCAAAGAAGCAGCAGCAUCCAAGUUUUUGCAACAAGAGAUCCCAACAUCAACCAGAGUCUUCCUUAACAAGCAAGCCAUCGUCCUCAGCCCCUUCACCGUGAUUCUCUUACAUCCCUGAACCUCAAACUUGGCCAAUUUGCAGCACCCUCUAGCGAUCUCAAUCAACCCCAUAUCCGUCAAAUCAGCCGAGUUCUUGAUCGACAACGACUCCAGCCCUGAACACAACGCAAUGCCGUCUAGCUCGGACCCAAUCGCAGAGCAAAUCCCAUGAAACUGCCCAAGCUUGAGAGCCCUCAGCCUGGGACACUUCGACCCAAGCACUUCCAACGCCAACCCACUGUCUCUCACGUUCUUGCACACAUCCAACGCCAGGUCCUCCAACAGCGGAAGCCCCGAGAAGAAAUCCACCAAAGCCGCGCGCCCAAUCCGCGCGUCCUCCGACGUAAAUCCGUCGUCGUUUGGAUCGCCGCGGGCGUUGGCCAACGAUGACGUAUCGAUCAAAUGGACGACUUUGAGCUCCGGGCAGUUAGCGGAGAUCGACAGCAGAGCCUCCUCGCCGACGAAGCCUAUGUAUCGGGGAUCGAACAUACACGCGAUGAGAAGAUGCUGGAGCUUAGGGCAGGCGGUGACGAUGGAUUUGAUCUCGUUCGCUCUGAACCCCUCGGUAAACGACGUCGUCAGGAGAUCCAGCUUGGUGAGAGAUCGGGCCACGUUCGGGUGGGCCUCGAGGACCGGGGGGAGGUCCUCCGUCCAGUAGUAGAAUUCCGACAGGUCGAGCUCGGAGAGCGAGUGGCAUUGGUCGAAGAGAGGAUCGAAGUCGGCGCCGGGGGGCGAUUGUGGCCGUUGAUGCCAUCGGACAAGCUUGACGCGGCGCAAUCCGGGCCACAGAUGGGAGACGAUCUGGACGGUGGAAGGAGAUCGGGAGUAGACGAUGAGGGAGUCCACGAAUGGGAAGGCGGCACGUAGGCGUUGGGCCAGGAGGAGAGGGUCGGUGUCAUUGGCGGCGGCGGAGGGUGAGAGCAGAGAGUGGCCCCACGGAGAGAGGAGGGAGAGGUCGAGGUGGGUGACGGCGGCGAAGCAGAGCGGGAGGUCGGGGAGGUCGCGCGCGUUUCCCCGUAGUGUGAGGGAGGUGCGCGUGGCCCUCUCCGUGCUCCGGAAUUUGCGGCACGCGAGGGAGAGGGAGUUCCGGGUUCGGGUGCCGGAUACCAUCCCGAUUAUGGUCGAGAGUAUGGCGUCCGGCAAGUCAUUGAUUGUGGUGGCGGUGGUCAUGGUGGGUUUAUGACAAGUCGUUUGAUUGUUUAGUGUUGCUCUGUGUGUUUAGAGAGAGAGAGAGAGAGAGAGAGGAG